UUAUAACGCAAGCGAAUACAUCAUGGGCAGACUUCGUCGUAAGAGAACACAUCACGGCAUUAGAGAUAAUUAUCGUAAACAGCGUACAAGAGCCUAUACAAGAGAUCUUGAUCAGAUCCAUGACGAUUUAAAACCAGAGAACGUCGAAAAGAUAAAACAUAAAGAAAUUGAUACAGAUCUACCGGGUUUAGGUCAGCAUUAUUGUGUGGAGUGUGCCCGACAUUUUAUUACAGAUGACCAUUAUAAAGAACAUUUAAAGAGUAAACUACAUAAAAGAAGACUCAAGAAGCUACAGGAAGAGCCUUAUACACAAGAAGAGGCGGAUAGAGCAGCAGGCUUAGGACCAACAGACAAUGGAAAGAAAGGAGGCAGAACGACGACGAUAGCAUCAGCAGCCCUUGAUAUUGAAAUGGAAGAUCUUUAAUGUGGUUUUUACCCUCCCCUUUUUCCAACCCAUGCGACCCGUGCAAAAGAAACAUGUUAGAUAACCUUGUAUUAUAGUUUUUUCAGCGAAAUUCUUGAUUAAAAAUAGCGGCAUUUUCAUAUGUUUGACCAUUGUAGACCCCAUCUUUUGUUCUUUGUAUACUGUCGCAUCAUUUUGGAAAAUAUGGAUAACACAUAGACCUUGGAAUACCAUUCACCCGUUUUAGCCACCAACUAAACCUCAAUCAAUCCCACAUCAUUUUUAUCUCUCCAAUCAUGCGUUGGUCUAUUUUUUUCAAACUAUGGCGGCAUUUUAAACUACCGCCAUCCUAUCUUUUUGAAGAAAGGAUUUAUAAUUUUUAGUAUAGACUCGUUACCAACACUUG